AUGGCGGCGCCGGAGGAGCGGCUCGUGUCGGAGGGCGAAGGCGGCGCCCCGGGCUCGGCGCGGCUCUCCCCGGCCCCGCUGCCGGAGGCCGCCGAGCCGCUGGCGCCCAUGGAGCCGCCGCCUCAGAGCAACACGCUCAUGGGGCUGCCCAUCGUGGCUAUCGAGAGCAUCCUCAGCUUCCUGUCCUACGAUGAGACGAGCCAGCUGCGCUUGGUUUGUAAGCGCAUGGACUUGGUUUGCCAGAGAAUGUUAAAUCAGGGAUUUCUGAAAGUGGAGAGAUACCACAACUUGUGUCAAAAGCAAGUUAAAGCUCAACUUCCAAGACGGGAGUCAGAGAGGAGAAACCAUUCCUUAGCUCGCCAUGCAGACAUCCUCGCUGCUGUGGAAACGAGGCUCUCUCUCCUAAAUAUGACUUUCAUGAAGUAUGUGGAUUCCAAUCUCUGUUGCUUCAUACCUGGAAAGGUAAUAGAUGAAAUUUAUCGAGUGCUAAGAUAUGUAAACUCUACAAGAGCUCCUCAGAGAGCUCAUGAAGUUCUUCAAGAACUAAGGGACAUUUCCUCCAUGGCUAUGGAAUAUUUUGAUGAGAAGAUUGUUCCAAUACUGAAAAGAAAGAUGCCUGGGUCAGAUGUAUCGGGACGUCUAAUAGGAACUGCCCCAGUUCCAGGGCCUUCUGCAGCGCUGACAACCAUGCAGCUGUUCUCCAAGCAGAGCCCUUCCAGGCAGGAAGUCACCAAGCUGCAGCAGCAGGUGAAAGCCAACGGCACGGGGCUGACGGCGCUGAAGCGGGAGAUCUCGGAGCUGCGCCUCAAGGUGCAGGAGCAGCAGAAGCAGCUCCAGGAUCAAGACCAGAAACUGCUUGAGCAGACCCAAAUCAUUGGGGAACAGAACGCGCGCUUGGCCGAGCUGGAGCGCAAGCUGCGCGAGGUGAUGGAGAGCACAGUGGGGAAUUCCUCGGGCUCCGGCUCAAACGAACAAUCUCCCAGGAAAAGGAGGAAGGCGGUGGAUGCCACAGACUGUCCCAGGAAAUCCAAACGCCUUCGGAACAGAAAAUAACCGGGGAGGAGACGGCGCCUUCAGGAGGAUGCACUGCUCUGGUAGCCCAAGCAGGCCUGCUUGUUUGGAUACUGUGACCAGCUCAUGGUGUCACUUAGGCUGCUGGCUCUUCAAAACACCACUUAGACUUGAACAGUGAUUUUCUUUCAUUGACUUUUCCCCUGCUUUCUAUAUGGGUGGGCCUAAUGCACAGAAUCUUUAAGAUUUGCAAUAGCUACAUACUAACCAGACCUGCUCUGUUAUGUUUUGAAGGGUUAACCUUUUUUUCCGUGCAGAUGUGUUUGAAAGUAAACUUAUUUGUGUUUAUGCAUAUGUUCACAUGAAAUCUUAAAUAAAUUGUCUUAACUGACUAAAUGGUUAAGAGUAAAAACAGAUGUCCUGUUCACUUGAAGGAAAGAUCCGCUUUUAAAACCUUGUUUUUGAGAACUUGACCUUUUUUGUUACAAGUGACCUUGUCUGGAAUGUCUGAAAAGUAGUUAAUACUUUUUGGGGUUCUCUGUAACGAGUAAAACUGACUUCUUAAGCUGCAGUAUUGGCUAUAUAUUUUUGUAAACUUCCACAGAAGGGCCUUCUAUCCAGUCUUCACAUGCACACACCCUGGUUCUAGGUCUUGGGAGCCAUAUUCUACAUUUGCAUGGAUAGAUGCAUGUACAGCUUAGUCAGCCUGCCAAAAGCACUUGCCUGAAACUGUUCCAAACUCUGGGAAGAGAGCACAGAGACCUGUCAAGCAAUUCCUUUGUUCCUCAGCCAUAAGUCAGUCUCUGCUUUUGGGCUGUGUGGCUGCCCCUCGCCCUGCCUGGAGGGCAGGGAUCUGUUGUUAGCCAAAGCUGGAUAGUGGAGAGGCUGCCUGUGCAUCACCUGGGUCAUGGCCAACACCCAGCACCUGCCGACUGUCCCUGGAGUCACCAGGCUCUGGGGGCAUUGUUGGAGUGAAAUGCUGUAUUAUGGUAAAACUUCAGCUAUUUUGUGUGUCUGUGUUGGGGUUGGGGUGGAAAUUUCUCUGUAACACUGAUGACAAUAUUCUAAGCUUUCCUUAUCCUAAAAGGUAAAUCACUUCAGACAGAGCUUUAAUUUCUUUUGCACUUCUGUUUUGAGCUUGUAACUGGAAAAGCAUGUCUUGCACUGUUCAGUCUCUCUGGUCACUUUAACCACCUCAGAGUUGUGUACAGUGAUUAUUCCCCCCCUGCCAUCUGUAUAUUUUUGGAAUCUUAUACAAAUACCAUUGUCCUUGGUUUUGUUUUCAUGAACUAAACUAUGUAGCUUUAUCAUUUGACUUUUGUUUUCUUUUAACCAGCUGCUGCUUUGUCUUUAGGUGGUUCUGAAUUCAACUUGGUAUGGCACUGAAAAUGCAAACGCUGCAUUUUGUAGCUGUUCACAAUCUUGAUAUUCCUGCUGUGGGUUAAAGUGCAAGUCCAUUUUGUAUGGCUGUCAGCAUAACCUAGUGGCUGUAUUUAAAGCACCAAACAAAUCAGAAGUUGUCUGGUCAGGUAUUACAUAAUCGUGGCAAACUGACAUUUUUCCUGAAACUUCAGCUACAACUUUUACUUCUAACACACAGUAGCUCAUAGCAGAAGUAACAUUAUAAAUGUAAUAUUUGACAGACAUUCAGCUUUCAAAUAAACUUCUCGAGAAGUUUGAGUCUUUUCCAAAAAAAAAAGGGCAUUUUUCUUAGUAAUCAAAGAAAUGAUAGAAGGCUGUCUGAGAGCAGACUUAAACUGUUGAAGGAGCAUUUGCUUUUACUGGUUUAUACAGCUCAGAAUGUUUUUUACAGGUAACUCUGUCUUGGAGAUAGAUACCUGCUGUUCAGCUUAAAAAUACUGGCGUAUACCUUAACUUUUAAAAUACAAUUUUGAGUCAAAGGGUCAGCAUGAUAGCUAGAAUUACUGUGUGAUACCAAUUCAUUGAAUGGUUAUUUGUGAUAAAAAAAUCCUGUAAUGGACUAAUUGCCAGCUACUUGUGGUUAAAUGCUUCCAAACAAGUAUAAACUUGGGAAUUUCAUUUACUGAAGGGGUUUAUUCAUACAUUUUGAAUAUUUUCACUUCAGAUUCUUUAUUAGUUUCUAGAAUAUGCAGACAAUUUCCCCCUCCUCACCAUGCCAGUGUACAAAUCAUUUCAGCUUAGUUCAGAGCAGCAUUUCUGGAUGUGUUGGGGAAUCUCUGGCUGUUCCUAAACUGAGCUGGAGAACAACAGCCAAUUGUUCUGGAAGUGUUCUCUGGGAACUGUGCCAGCUUGGACCCUUCAGCUCGAGGAAGUAUCGUGUGCUCCAGGAUUGCAGGUGCAUCCUGCUCCUCCGUGUGCUGACAUUUAUCAUUCCAGUGAAACGGAAUGAGGCCCAUGAAACUUCAGGGGGAGAGGGGAUGGUUACAAGAAAUUCCACAAUAAAGGUACACCAGUGUUUUGUGUUUCACAUCCCAGAGAGGGAAACAUCAGAUGGCUCUUGGCUGGAAUGUACACCAGAAAAAUAUACACAUGGGAAAUAAAACCAGAAUGAAAUAAUUGUUUGGACAAAAUAGCUGGAGCUUUAAUUUCUGACACCGUAUUGUCCCUUGUUAAAUAAAAAGGAUAAAUUUUGCAAUAUCUGAACAAGCUGAUGAAUCACCUGAAGUAAAACUGUAUCUCUUUUCACUCUC